GACAAGGACGGCUCCCUCCUGCGACCAAACCACCGCCCCCGAUUCUCAAUUGAAAAGCACAAGGGCGCUGCAGCUCUCGCCGGGGCUAGGGUUUGGUCGGUCGAUCGAUCAAUCGACGCGAGCGGGAGGGAAGAUGAUCGAGGUGGUGCUCAACGACCGCCUGGGGAAGAAGGUGCGCGUCAAGUGCAACGAGGACGACACCAUCGGCGACCUCAAGAAGCUCGUGGCGGCGCAGACCGGGACCAGGGCCGAGAAGAUCCGCAUCCAGAAGUGGUACACCAUCUACAAGGACCACAUCACCCUUGGCGACUACGAGAUCCACGACGGCAUGGGCCUCGAGCUCUACUACAACUAGCCUCAUCACCCCGGCCAUUGCAGGUUUGUCACCUAUCUUUGCCUGCGAUGAUAGCUUUGGUUGCAUUCCAGUCCCAGUGUCUUCAGAGCUCAAUGUGUGGGCAGAACUCCAGCGAGCUACUAUUUAAGUAGUGCAUUAUUGUACCCAUGAUGAUUAUUGACAGCCUGAACAUGUUUUCCCUAUGAUCAACCUGCAAAUCUAGUGUGCUGUUACUGUGAAGUUUAUAAAUAACAUAAACUGUGUUACCUGGGGUUGUGAUAAUGGCAGUGUUACACCAUGUUGUUAUGUUAAAGACAUUUGCCCUGCUUAA